CUCAAACAUCCAGAGUUAACAUCAUGAAGUGGUUGGUUCUCCAGCUGCUGACACUCUACUGCCUGGUGAUCACACCAGUGACAGGAAGUUUGAGAGGAAAACCUAUUUAUAUACCUGAACAUCGAGAUUUUAUUGUACCAAAACCUAUACUGAGAGACUGUGAGAAGAUUCCCAACAUCCACGAGUGCAGGAGAUACUGCAAUUUUGAUAUUGAAUGCAAUACUGGUGAUUAUUGCUGCAGUUCCAGCUGUGGAAAUGUUUGCAUGAAAAUUGCAGAACCUGAGACCAGCAUUGAGAAUGAUAACCCCAGCACCACGGUGGCAACUAUGUAGUUUCCUUAGACUCUAGUGAAAUACGAGGACACCUGAAGGGCGACAGUCUAAUUCUACCUGAUGUCCAGUGGUUCCAUCAUCUUAUCCCAGCUGGGAGGCAAGGGGAGGGAGGAGGUGGGAUCCCAGGGUAAUGUCUCUCUUUCUUGUCACUCUUUUCUCUGAACCAUUAUAUUAUCAGCCUCAAUUCCUUGACAAAUAAACUAUGACAGU